GACUUCCUUUUCUGUUCUUUUUACAGGGAGUGAGGGUCGCUGUCGCUGUCGCUGGGAGGAAAAUGUGCUUCAGGUUGAGGGAUCAGACCUAUGUUCUGGCAGAAGAUUAUGUUCUUCACCGUAUUGGAAUCCAACGGUUGCCUCCCAGCGAAAAAGCCAAAAUGAUGCGCAGUCUGGCCAAAGACAUGGAGAAGCAGUACCAGCCUCGGUUUAACUCCAUUCUGAAGAGCUUUGUUACCCAGUGUAGAUCUGAUCCGUGUUCUACACUCCUGAAGGUCAUCGAGGAGCUAGUAGGAGAUGGAAAGUUAAACUGGGGACGGAUUGUCAGUCUAUUCACGUUCACAGGAUUACUGGCAAAUGAACUUUAUUCACAAGGUUUAAGUCUGGACUGCUGUAAAAGCCUGGCAAAAACAGUUGCUGAUUAUCUAGGGGGUGAAAAACAAGAAUGGCUGGCACAAAAUGAAGGCUGGGACGGGUUCUGCAAGUUUUUCCAGACUCCAAAAGAUGAGUCCUCAAUGAAGACUGCACUUUUUGCUGCAGCUGGGGUUGGGAUAGCAGGGAUAGCAAUCCUCCUGGUCCGAUAGGCCAGUUCUGCCAUUAUGAUAUUACUUACAUACAUACAUACAAAACAAUUGCAAUAAAUAUUUAUCCAUCUGUUUC